GAACGCGAUCAUUUAUAAUGAAGAACACUAUUCAGUUGCUACAAUAAUUAUAUCAUAGAGCGAAAGUCAUAUAUCUGUUUCUUUCGGGAAACGUUGAAAUUGAGCGUUAAAAGUCAACAAAGUUGCCGUUCAAUAAAACUUUUAUCCAUCAUGGAUGGUUUGUUCCCGAUUGAAAUCAACGAAGGUUUUCACGACAGUUCAGAUCAUUUCAGCGAGGACGAACUAGAUGCGCCAGUGUCCUGUUGUACAGACUGCGUUGAUUGCGAUAAAGAUGAUUCUAACAUGGAGACAGUGGCCAUUUCCGAAGAAAUGGUCAAUCCUAGUGAUGAGAAAAUUGGGCCAGAAUCGUUUGAGUUGUUGAAAGUAUUGGGUAAAGGAGGUUAUGGAAAAGUUUUCCAAGUAAGGCAGGUGGCAGGCCACAAUGCUGGGAAGAUAUAUGCCAUGAAAGUAUUAAAAAAGGCAACGAUUGUUCGCAGUCAAAAGGACACAGCACAUACAAAAGCUGAAAGAAAUAUACUUGAAGCUGUCAAGCAUCCAUUUAUUGUGGAUUUAAUAUAUGCCUUCCAAACUGACGGGAAAUUAUAUCUUAUCUUAGAGUAUUUGAGUGGUGGGGAGCUUUUUAUGCAUUUAGAAAGAGAAGGAAUUUUUAUGGAAGAUGCAGCAACAUUUUAUUUAUCAGAGAUAACCUUGGCUUUAGAACACUUACAUAAACAAGGAAUAAUAUACAGAGAUCUUAAACCAGAAAAUAUUUUAUUGCAAGCUGAUGGUCAUGUUAAAUUAACAGAUUUUGGUUUGUGCAAAGAAUCCAUAUUUGAAGAUAAUGUGACUCAUACAUUUUGUGGAACCAUCGAAUACAUGGCACCCGAAAUACUCACCCGCAGUGGACACGGAAAAGCUGUUGAUUGGUGGAGUUUGGGCGCUCUAAUGUACGACAUGCUGACCGGAGCACCUCCUUUUUGUGGAGAAAACAGAAAGAAAACUAUAGAUAAGAUUUUAAAAGGAAGACUUCAACUGCCCCCUUAUCUUACACCGGAAGCAAAAGAUCUUUUACGAAAGUUGCUGAAAAGGCGCUCGCAUUUACGGUUUGGCGGUGGAGUAGAUGAUGCCCAUCCGAUUAAAAAACACAACUUUUUCCGACACGUAAACUGGGAUCAUUUAGUGGCGAGGAAGACGGAGCCACCUUUUAAACCAUCCGUGACCGGUGAGGAGGAUGUUAGUCAAUUUGAUACAAAGUUUACCAAACAAACUCCGGUCGAUUCACCCGACGAUUCAUGUCUCAGUGAAAGUGUUAAUCAAAUAUUCUCAGGAUUUACGUACGUGGCACCUUCAGUUUUUGAAUCUUUCCAAAGAGAUGUUAUUAAUUUAAGCCCUUCAAGAGAAUUUCAAGCGCCUAUGAGCCCGUUGCGUGUGAACGGCAAUACGGAAGCGAAAUUUGGCUUCGAAGAUGUGUGGAAACCCAAUCGACUGCCUAACGGUUGCAACGGCUCCUUUCAAAAUCCCGCCAAACGCUCUCUUGAGUUCACUCGUAGUGACGAUUGUAAGAAAAUGGAAUUGGAUUGUGGAGCAGGUCCUGUCUUAUCAGAAGCUAAAGUACCACGCAAUGCGCAUGCGUUAGUUCAAGCGUCCAGAUGACCUCCGAGAUAUUGAACAUAUUUAUUUAUACGAAGUAUGCUGGUGAUGAAGCCAGCGUUAUCCGCAGGCACAGAAGAGGGAAGUGGAGGGUGCUUCCAUUUUGCAUAACACGAAACAUCUAUUUCCUUUCAUGACGUAAAGCCCAUAGUAAUAAUGAUUCGAUUACAGAUUAGUUUCGCACAGUAUGAGAUGUGGGGGGUUUACUGCGCGGUUCAACGCGUUCAACUCUCAUUGUCGCACUGAUCUUAAACGCGAUUGAACGAAACCGAACCCAACGAUGACGUUAAGAUUUAUAGUUUAUAUAAAUUUAUUUAAUAUUCACCACAUACACUGAUAUGGACAAUAAUUAUUUGUCAACCAAAUCACUGGUAAGCUAUUAGUUUCAAACCGUUAGAGUAUUUUUCGCGCUUUACUUUAUUUUGGAGAUUAGUCAAUCUUGUGGUUACGUACAUUUACUACACGAGCAUAUCCUCAACCAAUUCUUCGAUAUAUAGGUCAAUUGUUGUAACAAUGAAAUUCAUGUAGGAGACUAUGAAAGAAAUAUUGUUGUCUUGUUUUAUCGCUUA